AUUGGGUGGGGGGCGGGGGGGGGAAGAAUCCCCGGGACAACCUCACCCGAGAACCGGGAAGAAAACUGGGCAAUAACUCGCCCGCAAGUUGAGGACAUCCGUCUAGUUCCAGUUACUAAGUGUAUCCGCGCGCCGAUCCCCACCCGUUAAGUCUGAGUUCUAGCCCGGGAUUGUGGACUGAUCUGGGUUAAUGUGUUGAGCAUCCAAGUCUCAUAAUGUCUGCCCCUUCAACACCAAAGAUUGUGCUGAAAAGCACAACCAAGAUGUCGCUGAACGAGCGGUGAGGCAGCCGACAACAUUUCAAGUGCCAAUCGUGUAGCUGAUUAGCAAUUGCAGGAUAUAUAAGUGCACAAUGAUUUCCAGGGAUUCACCAUAGGAGAAUGUUGCUCCUCUCUUAUAUAUUACUGCUCCAGUAGUUGAUGGCACUUAAUAAAGCUGUUAUCAGAUGAAAAAAAAACACGUUUUGUGAAGGACGGUGACCUAGGUGGUAGAAUGAUGCGGGGCUGUUGCACUGAACCUUUACCAACAUGCUGAAGAACAAACAGCCUCCAACGGUGAGCAUUCGAGCAACGAUGCAGCAGCAGCAACUGGCAAGUGCCAGAAACCGCCGUUUGGCGCAGCAAAUGGAGAACAGGCCCUCUGUCCAAGCUGCUCUCAAGUUGAAGCAGAAGAGUCUGAAACAGCGUCUAGGUAAGAGCAAUAUCCAAGCACGAUUGGGGCGACCAGUGGGAGCUUUGGCACGAGGACCAAUCGUUGGGCGGGGAUCGCCAAGAGGAGGCGUGCGCCUUGGCCGUGGUGGACGAGGAGGUGCGAGAGGAGGGCUUCCUCUUCGAGGUCAGGGUCCAAACCGAGGACGUGGUGGAGUUCCACGAUUAGGAUUGAAACGUGGUGGAAUGAGAGGCCGAGGAGGCCUUGGCCGCGGAGGUCCACCUGGACGAGGAGGUGUCAGUGGCAGAGGUCGUGGAGGAUUAGUGGGCCGUGGUCGAGGUGGCUUCCCAGGUCGAGGGAGGGGUCGGGGUCGAGGAAGAGGAGCAACUCGUCCCCCACUUACCCGUGAGCAGCUAGACAAUCAACUGGAUGCAUACAUGUCGAAGACAAAGGGUCACCUUGAUGCUGAGCUUGAUGCUUACAUGGCACAAGCUGAUGGGGAAGCGAAUGAUUAGCAAUUGAGAGAUGCUAGUUUUACUGAUAGUAUCGGGACUUGAAUUUGAGAAUCUAGCAAAACGAUCCAAGAAACCGGAAGAGGACUUUUUGGGAAAUGAUAUAAGCCGUAUUUGAACUGACAGAUGGUUGGAUGUCAAAGGUUUUGCUUUUUGAUUCCUUUCCUUUGACCUUUUUACAUUUUGAGAAGUUCAUGGUUCUGUUUGGAAAUCCCUCUGUUCUUUUCGAUUGUGUAAUGAUCAUGACACUGUAUAAAGUUUAUUCUCUUUCCUUAGAGACUGAGGAUAUUGUAGUUUCAAAGGUUGUUUUUACUGUGUUAAAACCUUCUUGUCUGUUGUUUUUAGAGUGGAGACUACAUUAACAAUCUGUCACUUUGUGACAGAAUCUGUUUAUCAUAAAAUUGUAGAACUCUAAGAAUCUGCUGUAGUUUUUUUUCCUGAUACAAAAUUAAAUGCUUCUUUAUUUUUCCAAAGGUUCACCACUGCCUUUGGCAGGAGGGCAAUUUAAAAUUUGGCAAUUGUUCAAUCGCUUUAGAUUCUUUAGCCUUGUUAAGGGGUGACAUCAAAGAUCCUUGCUGAAUCCAAUAGCUCGUGCUAUAGGGAUAACAGCGGCAUGGGUAGAAGAUUGUCUACUGUUUUUUGUGUUAGAUAGCCAGGAAUGGAUGUUUUUCUCGUUGACCAAAUAUAACAAAUGGGAUGGCUCAGGGAAUCAGUGCUGCAGCCUCAGCCUUCACAAUUUAUACCAAUGACUUGAAGAGACUGAAGGUAUUGUUGUUCAUUUUGUUGAUGACACAAGAUAGGAAGGAAACUUUGUAAUGUGAAAUUGUUCAUUUUGUCAGGAAGAAUAAAAAAAAUAAUUAAAAUGAUGAAAGCAUUGCAAUAUGGGGUGAUCUGGGUGUCCAAAUGUAAAACACUAGGAUGCAAGUACUGCAAGUAAUUAGGAAAGCAAAUAGUGUGAUUGCUAAUUAUGGGCAGUUAUUGAAUAUAAAAGUAAUGCAACCAUGCUUCACUGUACAGGGCAUUGGUGAGACCACAUCUCGAGUACUGUUUUGUUGUUGAUCUUGGUUAAUACAGAAUGUGAAUGUGUUGAAAGCAGUUCAGAGGAAGUUUAACAGGCCAAUAUCUUGAAUGAACAGGUUAACUGAGCUGAGUUUACACAGGCUUGUUUGAAACAAGAUCCUGAGAGAGUUUGACAGGCUAGACGUGGAAAGAAUAAUUCCACUCCUGUAAACGUCUACAACCAGGGAUCAUGGCUUAAAAUUAAAGGGUUACCCAUACAAAACAGAUGAGGAGAAAAGUUCUUUUCCUUUAGGGUUAUUUGUGGUUUGAGCUCUUUUCAGAAAGACCCAGGGAUUUAGAGUAGUUUUUAAAGCAAGUAGAUCCUUUGUAAGCAAAGGGAAGGAAAGACGAAAGGAUGGGUGAGAAACUGGUAUAAUCACAUCAGCCAGGAUCUUAUUGAAAGGCAGUGCAGGCUUAAGGGAGAGUGGCUUCCUCAUUUCCUUAAUUUGUUUGAAUAUAUGUUCAUAUGAAAAGGGAGUGAGUUUACAGCAGUCUGCAGCUUUUGCUCAAUAUUUUGCCAAUAGAUGUUGCUGGUGUCCUACUGAAAUGAUCACAUUUCACUCUACCUCUAACAUGGCAUGCCCGCAAUGUCCAGCCUCGCUUCGCCGAUGCAACGUUCCCGGCUUGUUAGCUAUUUCAUCCCUGUGCAUUUUGUCUGUCACUCAUUCAGGUGUUCCUUUCUUUCAAAUCCCAUUGCAUCCUUCAAUCUUGGGUAAUUUUGAAAGCUAGAUCUCGUUCACUACAGGUUUGUUAUUGAUUGUGGUGAAGAAAGUAUUGAGUGACUUGUAGGAACUCUAUCCAGUUGGAGAUAAAAAUGUUGAGGGUUUAAGUGUCCUUUUGAACACGGCAGUGCACCUCCAAUCCAAAAUGGUUGGUUCUGUGUGAAAAUCCUGUUGAAUGUGCAUACUUACGAAUCUUGGGAUAUGUCUGUUACCAAAACUUUGAUGCACUAGCCAACAUCCCAAGCUUGUGCCUUUGAGUUGCCUGUUUUCUGCUGUGUGGAGGAACCGACAUAUGAAAGAUUAUACUUUUUUUAAAUUUGCAGAUCAUGGGAUUGAUUAUAACUAAGCUGCCUUAUUCCUCAAGUAUCAUUCUCUUGCUUUUUUUCCCCAAUUGAAAUCCAUCAACUUGGCAAAGAGCAAGCAGUAAAACCUUUUGAAAUUUAUGCAGUUGUGUAAGCUGUUUGUGUAUGUUUCCACCCUGUACAAUUCCAGUGUUUGCUCCUGUGUUGUUCCGAGACUAAAUGUUCAGGCAGUGUGUGUAUAUAGCAAAAAUGUACUUGGAAAUUGCCCAUUUUUCUGUUUGUGGAGAUCACCAACUGCAACAUUCUCUCCAGGAAUACAUCCUUAGCAAAUUACAGAAGCUGAAUUAUAGCCUGUAUUUGAUGUGUGAUUUUGUUAUUAAGAUUAAAUUUGUUGUAAAUAAGUGGCCAAAUCAGAAGAAAGUAGAAAACGCUCUUGCGGCUUAAAUCUGUUCAGUCCAAUUUGUUCCCACAAGUAUUUCAUGUUAUCCAGCUGUAUGGCAUCAUUCAAGCUCCUGUUGUGUGACAUUUUGGCUCUGCUGAAAGGUUGUUGAUGUGAUAUGCCAGGCUUGCUCAGCAAUACUAGUGUCUUCUGUUUUCAUUUUAGAUUUCCUGUAUUUAGUAACCUGUGACUUUUGUUUAUAUUGCCAGGUCUCAAUUCUUUGAUUCACCCUGGAAGUGGCAAGCAAUUUUAAAGUUGAAAGCUUAGUUAGUUAACCAUCACAACCAAGUCAGUCCAUAAUCUGCACUUGCCUUUACUUGAAUUGUGGGAUGCUCAGAAACAGUUCUGCCUGUUCACAUCUGUAUCUUGAGGACUGAGCCUUUAUUCAAUGCUUAAUUGUAAUUAGAAUGUCUUUCAUGUCUCAAUGUGAAAGGAAUAUAAUUCUCAAGUCAGUUUGGAAAGGGCUUCCAUGUCCUUUGUAAUAAACAUGAAUGUAUGAAGGGUAACAAA